AUGCCCCCCCUCGCUCUCCUUCACGAUCCUUUUCCACAAAUGAUCGAGACUGAUUUACGAAUCAUUUCUUUUGAGUCGACGCCAAUUACGUCAAUCAUUUUGUUUAUUAUUAUUUGCUAUCUUCUUGGCUAUCUUUCUAUUCUAUUUCUACAUCUUUUUCUCCUUCUUCUUCUUAUUAUUAUUAACGUCUUUCUUCGCCGUCUUCUUGGCUACUUUCGUUUUCUUCUACAUCUCCUUUUUCUUCUCACCAUUAUUAUUAUUAUUAUUAUGAUUAUUAUUAUUAUUAUUUUCCUUCUUCGCCGUCUUCUUGGCUACCUUCGUCUUCUCCUUCUACAUCUCCUUUUUUCUUCUCACCAUUAUUAUUAUUAUGAUUAUUAUUUUCUUUCUUCGCCGUCUUCUUGGCUACCUUCGUCUUCUUCUAAAUCUUUUUCUCCUCACUAUUAUUAUUAUUAUUAUUAUUAUUAUUAUUAUCGUCCUCUUUCGCCGUCUUCUUGGCUACCUCUUCUACAUCUCCUUUUUCUUAUAUUAUUAUUAUUUCCCUUGGCUACCCUUUUCUUCUUAUUAAGGCUUCUUCUUCUUCUUCUAAUUAUUAUUAUUAUUGUCGUUCUUGGUUACCUCUUUCUUGUUGUUGUUGCUGUUGUUGCUGUUGUUGUUGUUCUCCUUCGCCCUCUUCUUCUUGGCUACCUUCGUUUUCUCCCUUUACAUAGGAUUUCGCUUGUUUUCUUUUUCUUUACAAAUAUCUUUUUUUUUCUCCUCGUUCUCUUUACUCCCCCUCUCUCUACUCCCCUUCUCUCCCCCCUCUCUACUCCCCUUCUCUCCCCCUCUACUCCCCUCUCUCUUCCUCCCCCCUCUCUCUCUUUACUCUCCCUCUCUCUCUUUACCCCCCUCUCUCAUUUCUUAUUGAUUUUUCUCGAUUUGGCUUUCUCUUGUUCUUCCUUUUCUCUUGUUAUACUCUUUAUUCGUACUUUCUCUCAUUCUUAUCAUUUAUUCUUUCGCUUUUUCUAUAUUUCCUUGUUUCUCGUUCUUUCUGUCUUUCUUCUCUCUUUUUUUCUUUUCUCCUCUAUUCUUUUUUCUUUUCCUCUCUUCGUUUUUUUCUUUUACAUUCAUUGUUUAUUCCCCUUUUCUUUCUAUAGUUUUCUUUUUUCUUCUCCUUUCCGUUUUUUCCUUUAUUCUUCAUUCGUUUGCUUUUUCUUUUCUAUUUCGUCUUUCUUUUAUUUUUUUCACUCUAUCCACUUCUCAUUUUUAUUUGUCUUUUUCUCUCUCUCUCUCUAUUUUUACUUCUUCCCUCUGAUUUUCCUUUUGUCUCUCUCUUCACUACCUUUUCUCCCCUUUCUUUCUGUUUUUCUCUUUUCUUCCACCACUUUCCUAUAUUUUCCUUUUCUUUUCCCUCUCUACCAUGCUCAAAGGUUUUUUUCAUCUCUCACUUCCCUCUAUCUCUCCCUGUAUCUGGCUGUCUCUCUAUUUUAUCUCCUCUCAGUCCUUAUUUUUCUAUCUCCCCCUUUUCCCCCCGUUACAUCGCUCUCUGACGGUUGUAUCCUUCAGUUUUUGCCUUUGUCUAAUUCGCCUUUCCUCGAUCGAUCAGUCUACCCCUGA